AUGUCAUUUGUAAGUUAAUAUCUUUUAAAAGGAAAGACUCUUAAGAAUUUGGCUCCAAUAAUCAGUCAUAUUACAAAGCAAACUUUAGAGAAGUCCGAGGCUAAAAUUAAUUAGUUGACAUCAGGAUUAAAUUGGAAUCAUCCAGAUCCUUUGUAUUCUCUAUAAGAGAUAGAUUCAGUUUCAAAUGAAUGCUGCAAGGUUAUAGACUCUUCUUUAAUUGUUUUCAAGAACUAUUCUGAGUAAUAUCCAGAAUUAAAAAAUGCCUGUAUUGACUCUAUGAAUAAUAUAAAUGAGUUCUUUGGUGGCGAUUAUCUGAAUAAUAAUAGAAAGCUUUUGAAUCUAUUACUCAUGAUUUAGACUAAUCAGACAAAGUUUUCCCUGUUAGAUGACCCAGAUAAGUUUUUGUUGAAAUCAGUAAUCAAAGACUUGAAUAAUCAGCAGAGAAUUUAGAAUCCGUCACAAAUUUAGUAGCUUUAAGCAAAUGAGAUGCUAAUUUAGAAUAUCUCAAGGGAAUUUAAUAGGAAUUUAAGCAAAGAAUAGUAUAAGUUAAAACUGACUUAAAAUGAGUUAAAGAGCAUUCCAAACAGAUAAUUAUUCAAUAAAUACAAAGGACAGUUCAAGACUGAAAAUGAUGAGAUUGAAAUCAAGUUUGAUCAGAAAUAUGAAUUUGAGAUUGCUAAAUAUUCUCCCAUUCCUGAAGUUAGAUAAAAAUUCUUUCACGCCUUCUCAAAUACUAAUUCAACAAAUACAAAGCUGAUUAUUAAGUUAGCUGAGCUCAGAAGGUAAAUAGGUGUUAAUAUAAAUAAAAGGUAGAGCUAUUUUGAUAAUCAAUAGAGAUUGCAAUCAAUAAAAUUAGCUAGACCAUUAUCCCAAGCCAUUAGAUAAAUUUAGUAAAUAAUAAGACCUCAAGCAUUGAAAGAUCUUGAGACGAUAUAAAGAAUAACUGGAGAACCAGAUAUUAGAUAUUUUGAUAUAGCCUUUUUGAAGGAAAAGAUAAAAGCAUUUAUGCUUUCCAAAGACCCUGAAAAUAUUCAAAUGCUAACCUGUUUUAACUUAUAAAAUACCAUUAAAGGUCUUAUGCUUUUUACUGCAUAGAUUUUUCAACAGUAAAAUUUAUAGCUAAACACUCUAAUAUAUAAUGCGGACUCAGGUAAAACUGAAAAAUUAAGAGGCUUCUAGUUAUUCCAGAAGAUUCUUAAUGAACUUAAGCCAAAUGAGAUUCCUCUAUUAGAAGUCAUACUCGAGGACGGUGGUACUAUAUUACUAGAUAUUUUCUUUAGGCCUCAUAAACUGCACAAAAAUUAAACUUAAACACUUAAUGAGCAAGGUUCUACAUAUUUAGAGUAAGAUCAAAGACCUGUUGCCUAUCUUGUUGAUAAUUUGUUGCCAAGGGAUACCACAUAUCUAAGUUUUGAUCAAGUUAAGAAUUUGUUUCAUGAAUAUGGACAUGCAUUGAACAUUGGCUUAUCCAAGACUAAGUAUUAGUACUACAGUUGUGCUAGAUCAACUAUGGACCUGGUUGAAAUACCUUCUCAUCUGACUGAGCAGUUUCUUGAAAACUAUGAUUUCGUUAAGCACUUUGCUCAAUAUAACGAUAAACCGAUUUCCAAGACAAUGUUUGAUAAACUGAUUUUUUGUGAAUAAAUUUUCAGGCUUUUGAAUUUAGAAGAAACUUUGUAUUUUACUGCUCUUGAUCUAGAAUUAAAUUCAUUCAAAGAAAAUGAUGAUAUAAAUGAGCAAGCAUUAUUAGACAUCAAUUCAAACCUUUUAAAAAACUCAUUUAGCAGUAAUUAUCUUCCGAAAGCAUAAAAGCCUUUCCCUAACCUUGACUAAACAUAGAUCAAUAACAUUAUUGGAGAGACAUUAUAGUAGGAUAAAAUCUAGCAAAUAUACAGCAGAAUCAGUUAAGUAAUGUUUGAUUAAACAAAAGAAGAAAUAGAAUAAGAGUCAAGCACUUAAGAACUCAUUAUAUAGGAGCAUAAACUAAAAGACUUUGAGAAUAACUACCUGUUUAACCAAUUUCAUCACAUUUUCGAAUACAAUGCAACUUACUACUCAUAUCUAAUAGCUAAAAUAAGCUCAUAAAAGCUAUACUUAGAUAAUUUCAAAGAUAUCUCUAGCUCGGACUAUAUGCUAAAAUAAGAGAUUAGAGAUUUGUACUCUUAGGGAGCAUACUUUGAUUUAAAGUAAUACAACAAAGUAUGA